CUGGUUGGCUUGUCUGAUGAUGUCACCUAGUUGGGUAAUGAAAUGUCUGCAACCAGCAAUGCCGUUCAGCGAAGAAUCCAUAUUUUCAUGUUAUUUACAAAAACACUGGAUCUACUCGGCUUAAUUUGGGUAGAUUUGCACGGACCACAAUCCUGUUUCUUAGGCAGAUAUGAAGUUUCUCUCACGCCUCUGUUUUUUUUUUCUCCCCCUCUUCCAGUGGAGGAGUCUGAACCAGACGUCGAGCUGGAGCCCGAGAUGCUGGACGGUCCAAAAUCAGACGGCCAGGAGGGUGAAGGCCUCCGUCCUCCGACCCCGGUGGAACUCUUUGGAGAAGUCUUGUCCAACAAGGCCUCCUUUUUUACUAAGCCCAACGACAGCACUUUAGAAAUCCAAGCAAAAGGCAAAUCGCCCUGCGUAGCGGAGGAGGAAGAGGAGGAAGAGGAGCAGCUUCCUCGGACUCCCGGGAGGGAAGUGGUGACUCCCUUGGAGUCCGCCGGGCUUCCUUUCACCGCCAUGCCGCCCUGCUCGCUUCCCCUGCCCUCUUCCGUCGCACCUCACAAAGAGGAAUACUUGCUCCUUCCGGACAAGUUCCCCGAUCACUUAGCCCCAAGCAAGAUAGCACUAGAGGAGGAGCUGCCCCGGACGCCGGGCCGCGACAUUUUAGCCAAGUGUUCCCACAGCUUCUCCAAGUCCCACAGCACGGACACCAUCCCCGCCACGCCAGGGAGCGAGGCGCCCCUCACUGGAAGCAGCCUGACGCUGAGUUCUCCUCCGGUGCCAGGCAGCCCUUUCUCGUACCCGUCCCAAUCCCCUGGCAUCAACAGCGGGGGCAUUCCCCGCACCCCCGGGAGGGAUUUCACCUUCACGCCGACCUUCCCCGAGCCUGGUGCUACCGCCCUCCCUUGCCUUCUGUCGAGCAAGAAGCCGUCGGAGGAGGAGCCCGACGAGAAAGUCUUCAAAGAACCUCUCGGCGCUUCCUUGUUGGGUGGCGUGAACAGCGUGCCCUCCCCCAUCCCCUUUGCCAGCCCCCCUGUUUGCCACACCCACUUGGACUUAGCGCCCGGCCAACCUCUCCCGGUUCGUCCUUGCGUGUUCAUGGACGCCAAGAUGGCGCUAGAGGAGUGCGUUCCGGACACGAGGGCCAUCUUACCCUUCCCGGACAUCCCCAUGGCUUCGCCCCCUCUCCCUCCAUCCAGCCCCUCUUCCGUCCUCCCCACCAAAAGGAAACCGGGCCGGCCGAAACGAGCUUCACCUUUAGGAACCCUAUUGGAGGCCUAUUCGGACAAGCCCGUCGAGGCGGCCCCUCCUCUGCUUCCCAUCCCGGUCGCCUUGACGGAAAGUCCCGUGAACAAAGAGCUGUUCGGUAGCCAUCCCGAGGGCUUCUAUGCUCUCAAAGAUCCGGAAGCGGUCACCUUGGACUUCCGGAACGACGCUUUCCACGAGAAGCUGCCUCCCGACGUCCUGAUGGAGAAGCUGCCCUUCAAGGAGCUGGAGAACCAGUGGAACGAGGACUUCAAAGAAGACGAGAGCUACCUGAAAGCUAAAAGGCAGCAGUGGAGGCGCCAGAAGAAGAGGCCCGACGACGUCCUGCAGAUCCCUUCCCCCGAGUACUCCCCCCCUCGCUUCCAAUUCCGGCCCCGCUCCGAGUUCGAGGAGAUGACCAUCCUGUACGACAUCUGGAACGGCGGGAUCGACGACGAGGACAUCCAGUUCCUCUGCGUCACCUACGAUCACCUCUUGCAGCAGGACAACGGCACGGACUGGCUGAACGACACGCUGUGGGUGUACCACCCUCCAACCAGCUUUUUCACCCCAAAGAAGAAGAAGCGGGACGAUGGGAUGCGGGAACACGUCACCGGCUGCGCCCGCAGUGAAGGCUAUUACAAAAUCGACAAGAAGGAUAAGCUGAAAUACCUCAAUAACAGCCGAGCGUUUGCAGAAGAUCCUCCCACCGACACGCAGGGAAUGAGCAUCCCUGCUCAGCUCCACGUUUCCACCCGGGCCGGCUCCGAGCGGAGAUCAGAACAACGCAGGCUCCUCUCUUCCUUCACCGGCAGCUGCGAUAGCGACUUGCUCAAAUUCAACCAGCUCAAGUUCCGGAAGAAGAAGCUGAAGUUCUGCAAGAGUCACAUUCACGACUGGGGGCUCUUCGCCAUGGAGCCCAUCGCUGCCGACGAGAUGGUGAUCGAGUACGUGGGCCAAAACAUCCGCCAGCCCAACUGCUACGCGAAGGUCAUCACGGUGGAGUCGCAGAAGAAGAUCGUCAUCUACUCCAAGCAGCACAUCAGCGUGAACGAGGAGAUCACCUAUGACUACAAGUUCCCCAUCGAGGACGUCAAGAUCCCCUGCUUGUGCGGCUCCGAGAACUGUCGAGGGACCCUGAAUUAAAAACAACAACAACAACAACCCAGUUGUGGGCCACGCAUCGGCGGCCUCCGGACUGCGGAAACCGAAGGCGUUUGGUUGCACUUUUGCCAAAAAAAAGAAAAAAAAGGAAAAUGAAACCAAGUAGGGAAAGGAAAGAAAAACGGGAGAGUGGAGGGGGGGGAACCCAUCCCGCUGGGCACGUCCUCUCCUUCCCGCAGGGGAGACACACGAGCGUCAGACACGCACACUAGGACUCUUCAUGCUGCAGGUGCUUUUCAUCCAGUUCCUCGUCUCCUGCCGGCUUUUUCCGACGUCAAAACACUAUUUUAUUUUAUUUUUUUAAAAAAAGAGAGAAACAAAAAGAGAAAAAACUCCCCCAGCUCAACUGCUCCGCUCCGCAUCAGCCCAACUCCGGUUGGGUAUACAGCAAAGGUAUUUUUGUCUUUUCGUUAAAAAAACAAAACAAAACAUGAACUUUCUUCAUAAGAUGCUGCUACUUUUCCUCGUUCAUUUCCAGGUUUAGCAGGUGGGGGCUCUUCAGAGAGGGCGGGGGUAGCCAAGCGAGGAUUUUUUCCGACGGUGGCAAAAGGGGGGGAUUCCAAAGGGGAGGAUCCAUAAAUUCAGCGCGUGGGGGCGGGGGGAGAGUUGCAGGUGGCCGAAGCGCUUAAGGAAUGUCCAGGCGAACGGUAGCGAUGGGGUAUGUGCGCUUGUGUGUGGGGGGAGAGAGUGUCUCAUCCCACCCACUCCUCUGAAUGUGAAGAAAUCCGCGCUCUUGAUACGAGGACCAAGAGCCUCCUGGCCUCUGUUUUGAGAACCUGAGGUUCUGUCCUUUCGUCCCUUCGCCAGCGUAGCCGCGCGCCUGACGGUUUUGAAUGCGGAGAAGGCCCCUCCCUCUUUGGGCAGCAUCCACCAGGCCCCGCUGUCUGCCGGAUGCCCCUCUCCCCCCUCUCUGCGGGGCUGCCCUCCUCCCAAGGAAGAGAGGACAAGGUGGACUCGAAUCCUAGAGUGGCUCAGAACCCGGAAGCAAAAACGGCCGUUUCCUCUCUUGGCGGGUGUCCCCUCUCAAGUCCGUGAGCAUUCAAGCAGGUUAUCCUCAGUAGCCUCUGGAGGGCCUGGCAGCUAAGCCAGCCUGGUAGAGGUCAGUUGGGCAGCUGCAAGGUGGCACGCCGGCUCUGCCCUUGUUGUGCCGCCACUCCUUAACCCCUCUGGUAGGGUCUGCGAGAGCGUAAGGCUCUUCAAGCCAGCCUUGGGCCGCCCGGCACCGAGGGUCCCCCAGGUGGUCCUCGCAUAGCAAGCCAAGCAGGCACAAGCACCCCUCUCUAGGACGAUGGCCAGGUGAGGGACUUGCAAAAUUGGCCCCGGG